AUGGCGUAUCCUUCGCCUGACGAUGGGAGCGCAAGGCUUGGAGCUCCCCAGGACGUUAUCGUCGACGAUGAAGCCGCCCAGAAACGGGCACGAACUAAUGAUGCUAGUGGUGGUGAUGCGACUUUGAGUGUCAAGUCGGAAGGCACUAAUGGCCAGAGACUAUACAGCUGUGGGAAAUGUGCCAAAAGCUAUGCGCGUCUAGAUCAUCUCAGCCGUCAUGUUCGCAUGCAUACACAGGAAAAACCUUACCAGUGUCAGGUCUGUACGAAAGCGUUUGCGCGCGCCGACUUGCUGAAGCGGCAUACCCUCGGCCACAGUAAGGACGAUCCGCAAGCGAAACCGACCAUGAUACAGCAUUCCCGCGUAUCUCAAGCGUGUGAAGCAUGUGCAGGGCUCCACCUGAAGUGUGAAGAAGAAAAGCCCUGUAAGAGAUGUACCAAGAAAAACAUCCAGUGUAAUUUCACCACCGCCGCGUUUGGAGGACCUGAUCAGAUGACCCAGUCGCCACAGCAGAAUAACUUUAUGCAUGCCCAGGACCAUCAGACGCGAUAUGACAAUAUGCAGCAGCAUUUGCAUACACUGCCGCCGAUGCAGCAGCACAACAUCCACCAGCAGUCACAGAUGCAAUCUAUUCAGCCAGCGCCCUCCAUGCACCGAUCAUCCAUGUCAGGGACUCAUCCUAGCCAACUUCCGCCUAUGCAGAUGACGCCCACACAGAUGUCGCCUCCUCAGAUAAGCGCUGCUAGUACUACUCCUCAGCAGCAGAAUAUGAUGGAAGGCACCAUGAUGCCUCCUCAACAGCCUGGGAACAACAUGUUCGACUACCUAAGAGACAAGAUGCUGCCACCUGGCAAUAACGCAGCCCCGAACGGCGUGCAAGUGGUAGAUUACCAGCAAACGGGUCCAUGGACGCCCCGCGAGCUGUUCGACUUUGGUGUCGACACCAAUAUGGAGCUCAACGAUCUUGAUUUGACAUUCCUCGAUACAUAUAACAACGCCAAUCCUUUCGACCUACGCACGCCAUCAAUUGGUUUUCCGACCUCGGGAUCAGACAUCAUGCCGAGUUUUACGUCCGCUCCGGUGCCCCCAAUUGACACGACUGCGCUGCCGAAAGCUUCCGUCUGGCGCUUCAGACCACUUUCAAAAGACUCGGGGUCCGCAGAACAAGCAAACUUGUCACUACCGACACCUACGACACUCGAUAUCGAUCGACGUGUGACUUGCGAGCCACUAUCGCAAACUUCGCGUGAUAAGAUUCUGGCCAUGAUCUUGAGCACUUGCAAGCCGAACAGCAUACCACGAGCUGUCGCUUGCUUUCCGUCUAUCAGCCUACUCGACAGUCUGUUCCAGUUCUCGUUGACCUCACCAGGCUCGCAUGCGAAGCACUGGAUCCACGCUCCGACAUUACUGGCAGGACAGACUCGGCCCGAAGUACUAGCAGCUAUUAUCGCAGCCGGAGCUGUACUCACGCCCGAUGCCGCUAUUCGUAAGGUGGGUUACGCCAUACAAGAGGCUAUCCGUACUGCCGUCCAGGUCCAGCUGGAGGAAGACAAUACCCUGAUGCGAGAUCUGCAGAUUAUGCAAGCUUCUCUACUGCAGCUUAAGAUUGGCCUGUGGAGUGGCGACAGUCGCAAGAUGGAACUUGCAGAGGGCUUUCAGCAGGUCUUGGUCACGAUGGCUCGUCGUGGUGGCUUCUUCCGCCGUGGUACAUACGAGCGCAUUGUACCGUACGCGGAAGACAAUGGCGAGGUGCUGCAGAGCAAAUGGCGUCAAUGGGUGCGGCAGGAGUCACGGAAGCGUUUCGCGUUGCACCUCUUCCGACAUGAUCUGGAAGCCUCCGUGUCAUUACUGAGCAGUCCAUUGAUCUCGUAUGCCGAGCUGUACCUUCCCUUGCCAGAAUCGGAAAUGCUUUGGCACUCGCCCUCUGCGGAGACAUGGAAGGCGACAUACAUGCGUAGCCAAGCACCAAGACAUGAGCGGCAGCCUUCGCUUGUUGACUGCUUACAAGAUCUUGAUAUUCUUGCCAUCAAGGACAUCUAUGUUGAUCAGCGUCAAGCCAGCAUGGCUCUGCUCGGCGCGGCCUGGCGCAUGAUCUGGGAAUAUCGACAGCUUGACUCGUCCAUGAAGGACUACACCAGCCAGUGGUGCAAUAGCAAUCUGCUCAUGGCUUCGAGACAUGCUGAGCUCACGAAGCUGCUGCAAUGCUUCCGUGUUAGCUCGGUCGAAGAUGCCAAGGUCACGCUCAUACUUGAGCUGCUACUCAUGCAUUUGCACAUGUCUCUGGACGACGUCCAUCUUUUCGCCGGCGUCGAAGGCGAAGAAGAAGCUCGACGAGUCUACCCGUCCCUGGUGCAGUGGACCCGUACCAAUACAGCGCGGCAAGCAUUAUGGCAUGCCGGCCAAGUGAUACGCGCAGCUCGCAACCUUCGUCAGGGUCUGAUUUGCGACUUUGCAGCCAUUGCGGUCUAUCAAGCCUCCUUAGCUUUCUGGUCCUAUGGCAUCAUCACCCGCAGUACUGAGCCAGGAGCGAUGCUUAAUAAUUCGGUGACAGCCUGGCUGGAUGCACCCGACGAUAGUGGUGUUCAGCGAUGGAUCAUCAAUGGGAAAGGUAGUGCAGCUAUCAGGACUUGGGUCGGAAAGCCUCCCAGUGAAGGUUACGCGUUAGUUGGCGGACCCGAUGAAGUUGUCUCGGCCGCUGUGCAGGUCAUGCGGAGGAAUCAUUAUGAGACUAGGUCGCCGCCUCUGAUUGAUAAUCUUAUCAAUAUGAUGGAAGGCCUGAGGAAGGCCACAAGGACUUGA